AUGAGGUACCCUCCGCACCGGAUAACUCUCAACGUUGUCGCCCGGCACAUCCACAGCGCAGUCACAUCUCGAAGACCUCGUCGCUCCUUCCAUCUCACCACACCAGCGAGCUUGCCGCGAAAACGACACUUCUUUACCUCGAAUCCUUUCCUCUCCAACAACUCCGCCGACCAAGUCAAAUCUGCCUCGCAACCUCUCAGGAAUGAAUCUCCAACUCUGUCAGCCGCUGCCGCCAAGCGCAAACCCACCCGCGCAACCACAGCCAAAAACUCCCUCCGCCGAGUCGCCAUCAUUGCACAGCAACCAAAGCGUGUAGGCGACAAGUCAAGCCCCGACGACACUGAGACUGAGAUUGAGACCACCAUAAGCGCAACAUGCAUCGCUGAAUCAUUCAACAUGCCCAUGGUGGUCGAGAUACUCUCCUCACACGGAUUCGCCAUUGACCCAGACAAUACGGGGUUCGACGCCAGCGAAGUAGUCCACGCCAAGGGCGUCAAUGGCGGAGACAUCUUUGUCUUCCCCUCCGGUACGAUAGUAACGUGGUCACUGCCACCGGACGUCGUCACGAAACAGAUCCUCCGCGCCGCCGAAGAACCACACCCCGCUCAGCUUUGCGAGGUUGAAGACCUCGACUUCAUCACCGACACCACCCGUGCAGAAUCCACCAUGAAAGGCGACAUGGUCGUCCUCGGCACCCGCCGCGAGCACAAAGACGGCGACACCCUCGACACAACCCUCGCCAAAAUCGCCUUCUCGUCUGGACUCGCGAGAAGCACCAAGCUCGCUGUUCUCGAGAGCGCAUUGACCGCGUACUUUGAAAGCACUCGCAACAUCCCUGCCAUCUUAUCCCAGGGCUCCGGCGUCCCCCUUGGCCGCAAAUUCAUCCUCCAAAAGACGGGUGAAUUACUAAGUCUGCGAGCCCGACUCAACCACUACUCCGAGUUGACCGACUCCCUGCCCGACAUCUUCUGGGACAGCAAAUCCGAGCUGGGACUCGAGGGGUACUACGACCAAGUCGGGCGCGCACUCGACGUGAACGUACGGAUUCGCACGCUAAACCAAAAAAUGGAUUAUGCACAGGAAAUAGCAAGUGUGUUGCGCGAAAUGUCGAGCGAGCAACACGGCACGAGGUUGGAACUAAUCAUCAUCUUGUUAAUUGCGGUCGAGGUGGUGUUUGAGUUGAGAAGGAUUAUUCUGGAAUGGGGACAGGAGAGGGAGGCUGCCAGGGCGGCCAAGGCGGCAAAUGAGGCCGUUGUAUAA